CUCCUUCCAUAGCAUCGACGCCGUCGACGCGCACAACGCCCUCUGCUGCGGGACCGUUUGCUGGAGAGACGGAUACGACAUGGGAUUCAUCACAGUUGGCACCGUCACCUUCGAUGAUGUCAGUCGCUUUAUAUGAUGGAAGAGACGUCUCCUUCGAAACAUCGGUUUUGAGGCCAACUGGAUCAGUUUAUUCAUCGGGCGAUAGGAUGAGCACAAUUCCUGAGACACAGUCUGCCAUUACGCCUUACGAGCUACUACCGUCUCCUAUUACAUGGACUGAAGCGUCACUUUCUCCGGUGACAUUUCCUCCUUCAUCUUCGACUCCCGCGCCUGAAUCUCCUUCUGUUUUGUACUUGAGUCCUCCUGGACCGACUAGCUUUACGCGGACUCCCUCAAGUGCCUCCACCAGCUCGUACAGCUCCGACAGAACCAUUGAUACCUCUUUCCUCGAUUCAAGCUCUGUUAUUGAAGAGUGGGAAAUGGAAGAAGCGAGAACCCCCCGGUCCCUUCCUUCAACAUAUCCCAGUUUGUUGACGACACCGAUUGCAUCUGCCGCACCGUCUGGUGUACCAUCCAUGGCCCCUUCUACUCUUCCUUCUGUUGCGCCUUCUGCCGUCCCUUCUGUUGCGGCAUCGGCGGUGCCGUCUGUAGUGUCAUCUUCGAGAUCUGGAACACCUCUUCCGGUACGCCCCCGUAGCAUACAAACACCGCCUGUAUCAACGCCAUCGGAACCACCGUCGGUGCGGGCUCCCUCUGAGCGAGCACCAACGCGGCCUCCAUCAACACGAGCACCGUCUGAGCGAGCUUUGUCAGCACGAACACCAUCGAUAGUACCAACAUCGCCUGUCCCAACGCCGCCUGUCCCGUCGUCGUCGGUGUCAACGCCAUCGAUCCCAACGCCCCCAUCGGGCCCAACACCGCCGUCGGUCCCAACACCAUCAGUCCCAACACCCUCCGUCCCGACGCCGUCGGUCCGCACGCCGACUGGUAUUUCGCCUUCGGUCAGUCUAUCUACGCCUCGAGGGGAUACAACACAGAGAGAGUCAUGGUCCGACACGGUGUCGUUGGCAACUCCAACUCCGCGUCAAGUGUCUCGCAAUAUUUUUGAUGAUCUGGAUAAUCUGGCCAACGAAAUUCGUGAAUAUGAUCAGAACCGGGAGGAUGAAAACAAUGAUUUACAGAACAUGCUUAGGGGAAUUCAUAAUGGCAUCAGAGAACUAUCUGGUCUUGUUCAUCCUCGUAGCCCGCCUGAACCUGUCCGACCAGAGCUUGUUGAGGAACGAGUGGGAGGCAGCAGCGUUAUGUCGGAGGAGAUCGAGACUCCCCAUGACUUUAGGCUCGUACCCUCCGAACUGGCUCCAUCGAGUUUGGAUAGUAGCGUGUCGUUCCUAUCGUCCCCCUACAGUCUGCGUUUCCCUCCAACGGAAAGGGCGGACUCUCCCACCCCAUGGGAUUCUGUGAGCGCAUUCUCUCCACCUUCGUCUUCGUCAUCGUCUUCGUCGUCAUCAUCAAGUCCUUCGUCCCGUGUAUCUUCGCCCGAGAGGGAGCCAACAGACGGCUCCGUGACACCCAUACCAAGGAGGCCUCCACCCUCGCCGCCUAUACCAAUUCCGCCACCGACUAUGCCUCUCCCUAUUCCGGCACCUGUUCAGGCUCCGCUCGUUCCCCCACCCAGUAGUUCUUCGUCUUCAUCUGACGUGGUUCAGAUGCCUGAUUAUUCGGACAUUUUGGCUUCUAUCAAGGAUGAUCUACGAUCAUUGAUUGAUGGACAAGGGUCGAUGGCUGACUUAAUUCGAUCCCGUCCCGCGCCAGAUAACAGUGACGUACUCGAAAGGCUGGGCAGAUUGGAGGACUUACUUCAGGGUUUGUGUGACAAAGUUCGUCAAGGCCCAUCUUCUCCUCCGCAAGGUCCUCGCGAUGUUCCACCCGAGUCUGAAGCAUCAACGCCUCGGCCACCUGCACCGCCCUUUCCGGAGCCUGGAAUCGUGCCGCCUGCACCCGUGUUUCCGCCGCCUUUCCAACCGAUGCCAGAGCCUGAGGUUCCUCCCCCGCCUCUACCUCGGUCUCCUCCCCCGCGUAUGCCCGAGCCUCAUGUACCUCCACCCCCAGAGUCAGAGCCCGAUGGAUCGUCUUCAUCAGGAAGUUAUUUCCUUGAUAGAUUUGAAGACCUUUUAGACAACUUGAGGCGAGGUCAAACUAUUGCUCCUACUCCGCGACCUGCUCCCGGAACACGACCCUCAGUUCUUCAAGAACUCGACAAUUUGAUCUCUGGUCGACUUGAAAGCUCUCAUGUAACGCCACCAGAACCCUUUAGAGGAUUGCGGUUUGUUCCAGGUCUCAGGCCUAGAGAGAGCAUAGAAUCACUGUUGCAGACACGUCCGGCGACAGAGCCUCCUCCGACGCAGUUUCCCGAUAUGGGCCCUCCUCGUCCCUCUGGUCCUGGUCGCCCAAGAGCACAGCCCCGACGAGGUCCCAGAGUUCCACGGCGCCAGCGCCAGCAGCCGCAGCCCCCACAGCAACCGCCCCCACAAGCACCGUACCAGCAGCCGCCACUAUCAUCGCCGCCUUCGCCUUCGCCUGUUGUUCCUCCACCCCCAAUCUUUGAUCGACAGGCGGAUGUGCCCCAAGAGCGACGACCUACACGAGGACCAACUCCAAGGCCCGUCCUACCUACCAACUUGUACGACGAUGGCCCUGACCGUACGCAAUCUGCGCCGCCACCAUCACAAUUGGGUCGUGAUGAAGACGUUCAUGGGGAGAGUUGGUAUAGACGCCGACCACCCGGUGAUGCCGGUCCAAGUGGGCCUGGUUAUGGUGUCCCUCCUCCUCCAGUUCUACCGCAACAGCCAGCAGUGGGUCCCCAAUAUAUGCCUAUGCCGCCAGGACCUAUCCGCGUGGAUCUACCCCAGGAGUUUAAUACCAUUCUGGCCAUCCUUCGUGAAAACCGAUUGGCUCAACUUGCGACCGUAGAUCAACAACGAGAACUCAUGCGAUAUUUGCGAGGGCUAAACGGAUGGCUAGAAAAUGACGUCCAGGACCGACAGAACGAAAUUCGAGGAGUGAUUGCUCGAGUGGAACAAUUGGGCAAUGAAAUCCGUGGUUUGCGCAGUGGCGGACGUGAGUGUAUCUAUGCCUACACAGUAACACAAUGCUCAACAAAUUUCAGGCCCUCCUUCUGAUGGUUCUUCAAGCUCGGGUUCGUCAGAAGGAAGCUCUCCGGACCAAGGGGCAGUACCGUUUCCCACGCAAAUACCUGGAAUGCCGCCUGGUUUUGUUCCCGAUGCUCAGCAGGGUGCUCCUGGUCCGCCAAUGCCACAGCCUGUGGUACCUCCUGAACAAUACGUCAUUAAUCAACCUGCGCCGGUUAUUCCAGGAUUUGGUCAACCCGCACCAGUGAUUCCUCCAAUGUCGGGAUAUCCUCAGCACCCGCCAGUGAUUCCUCCGAUGACGGGAUAUGAUCAGCCUGCUCCUGUGAUUCCACCCAUGGGUGGUUAUCCAAUGCCUCAGCCUGUUGUACCAGGUGUAA